AUGGAAGCAGACUAUCAACUGCCCACCUUCAAACUACAGCCACUCCAAGAUCCAUCCAAGACCCCCCUGGUCUUUGUCGCAUGUGGUUCGUUCAGUCCAGUCACUUAUCUCCAUCUGAGGAUGUUCGAGAUGGCCCGGGAUCACGCCCGGUUCCACAGCAACUUCCAAGUCGUCGGCGGUUACAUGUCACUCGUUAAUGAUGCCUACAAGAAGCCUGGGCUGGCACCUGCUGUCCAUCGUUACGAAAUGUGUCGGCUGGCCUGCGAAGAAACUAGCGACUGGAUCAUGGUCGACCCUUGGGAAGCCAGACAGGCCGAAUACGUCCGAACAGCCACCGUCUUGGACCAUUUCGACUACCAUCUUAAUCAGCUACUCGGUGGUGUGGAUUGCCCGGCCACAGGCGAAAAGAGGCAAGUCAGGAUCGUCCUUCUUGCCGGUAGCGAUCUCAUCCAGACCAUGAGCCAGCCCGGUCUAUGGUCCGAACAUGAUCUCCAUCACAUCCUCGGACAAUUCGGAUGCUACAUCAUCGAACGAGCCGAGUCGGAAAUAGACGAGAGUCAACUCACCGAUUCCGUGCACUCCCAAUCCCCACUGGCGAUGUACCGGAACAGGAUCUAUCUGGUCCCCCAACUGGUCCGGAACGAUGUCUCGUCCACCAAGGUCCGCCUGUUCGUCCGCAAGGGCAUGUCUGUCGAGUACCUCAUCCCAAGCCCCGUCGUCAAGUACAUCCGUCAACAUGGACUCUACCAGGACGAGCUCGGUCCCUCUUCCUCGACCAUCAGCACCCCUUUCAUCCAAGCCUCUCGCUCCCCCGUCCUCAAGGCCGUCCCCGACUCCAGCCUGCCGGCUUCGUUCAACCAUACCACAUCUCUCCAAGUCCCUUCCUUGGCUUCAGUCAAUCAAUCCUUGUUGAAAUCUAUCUUGAAUCCAAGAAAGAAGCUUCCGUAA